AACUAUUGCUGCGUUUGCCUGAAAGAGAAAGAAAAGGAGAGCGACUCAGUCACUCCCACCAUUUCUUUUAUUUCUUCUGUUCGUUUUAUAAUGUUACAUACUACGUACUAAUAUAUUCUGUGCCUUUUAAUGUCCCUUACUCAUGCAAUUUCCAGUAAUUCUAUCCACUUUUUUUGGCCCCACGUUACCCACUUUUUAUUCUCCUUCUCAUGUAUUUGUUGAUCUGAUCUUCUUCUAAGAUUCCCAUAUGUUGCUCUUCUCUUCCCUUUUAUCUUGAUUUUCCACUCCCAUUUUCCAUAGAGAUCAUAUCUUUUUAUUUUCUAAGCAUUUCAAAUGGAAAAUUUGUUCAUUGUAUCACAGCCUGUUUUCUUCUCUCUUUCUUGAAUCAAGAUUGAAUUUGGCAUUUAAAACUGUUCUUGAAUUGUAAUUUCAUGUUGUCUUGCUUAUUGCUACUGAUUUCCAGUCAAAAGAACCAAUCUUUUGAGGUGGGCUGAUUGUUUGUGGAAUUCUUUUGCAAGAGAAUUUGGGUUUGUAGUAGUGAGCAUUCUUGGAUAUGUAAGAAGGGUCUCAUGAAUUAUGAAAUCGUACGACUCAGAGAAUAUAAAUACUGAAAUUUUGUGUAAGUGUGGUAUUUCAGCAGUAUCUAAUUCAAGUAUACAUACUCCUUCGCCACGACGUUUGUGUCUUAGGCCUUAAGGAUGAAGUUAGGAAAAGAAGAAGAGAAGCGUAUGGAUCCUUUGUUUCCUAGAUUACAUAUAAAUGAUGCAGAUAAAGGAGGUCCAAGAGCACCUCCUAGGAACAAAAUGGCUCUUUGUGAACAGUCGUCUAGUACCUUAUCGCCACAAAGAUUCACCUCUACUUCUGCUCCUGCUCCUGGAUCAAUGUCAAUGCUGCCUCUCGCGCCUAAUGGCAGCAACUCCAUUCCUGCUGCAUCUUCUAGUCUUGUUGGUUGCAACAAAAAGAGUUUAUUUGCUAGAUCUCACAAUUCAACCGAGUCUCCUCAUUUUAUUGAUAUACUUCAUCCGUAUUCUUCUGGAGGAGCAAAAUUUACAAUGGGACGUCCUGAUGUACGACAACUGAAGCCGCUAAAUCCUCAAGUUUUAAGUCUUAAAGGGAAUUUGCCUAGUACAUCUCAGUGUAAUCCUCUUCAUCCACACAGUUUAUCAUACUCUAAUAGUAACCCUUCCGCCAAAAAGUUUGGAAGGGAAAAUGAUUGUUGUGGUUCAAAGUUGGUUGCAUCAGGGAAAUCUCUAGAUCAUGGAAAUAUACAUAAAAGUGCAGAGAAAGAAAAACUGGUUAUAUCAAGCUACAAACCUUCUUUGACAGGCGGUAUGCAAUUAAAGUUCCGGGAGCAUAGUAUAAAUCAAGCUGGAGAUCUAGCUCAGUGUCAAAAAAGAGAGCUUUGUGCUAAACUACCAGCUCCUCAUCUGUCAUCUAGGGAUAAGUCAGUGGUGCAUAGAACUUCAAGUCCAGUACAUACUGAGCUAAAUAUCAAAUCAUUUGUAUCAAGUGGUACGGAAAAUAGAUGUGGUUUUGGAGUUGAUUUGAAUAGGUGUAGUGAUUCUACCUCCGAAUCUGAUGAGGACUGUUGGGAUCUGCACAAAAGGAAGGCCACAGCAGAUGUUACUUAUGCGAAAAAUGAAGAUGACACAACGAAGAGAUGUGCUACCAUAAUGGAAGGUGCAUCGUGUUCCUUUAUACCUCGUGAAGAGAACCAUCGAAGUCCAAAGCGAGUUAAAUCCUCUUCUGACUGUCCUGAAGGCCAGAUUAGUGGUACUCAAGAAGUAGGAGAUACAGACAGAAGUGAAGAGAUCUCAGAAGCUUCUUCAUUGAACUCUAGAUUAGUAGAAAAAGUAUGUCCAGAUAAUGUCAUAGCAUUGAUAGGUCAAGAACUAUUCUGGAAAGCAAGAAGAACCAUUGUACACCAGCAGCGAAUCUUUGCAAUACAACUAUUUGAGCUGCACAGGCUAACAAAGGUUCAGAAAUUGAUAGCCAGAUCACCAGAUAUACUGUUCAAAGGCAACUUCUAUCUCCACCAACCUUCCAUCAAAUUUUCUUCCUUGAAGAAGUUACCAUGUGAUAAUGUUCUUGAACCUCCUGCAUUGGCUGUUGAACAAAAGGUUUCUACAAAACCAAACAAUUUUGUGCAUCCAACAGAUAAUAAUACUUAUGAAAAGCUGCUUCCCCUCCGCAAAGAUGAUGAUAAAAAACUCAUACCACAGCACUCAGCUCAAAAACCAAAUGCAGGGACACCAACAUCUACCUCUUUUGUAUCUGAUCCAAAAUUAGCACCUCGGUGCUUCCAACCGCCUCCUGGAUAUCAGUGGUUAGUUCCAAUAAGAUCACCUUCUGAAGGACUUGUUUAUAAACCUUAUUCAGGACCUUCUCCACCACCCCCCGGGUUCAUGGCGCCAGUUUAUGGUAGUUCCAGGCCUGUGAACCUAUCUCCUAUAGUUGGAGACUUUUCGAAUGUGCCUUAUAGUGUUCCGACUUCUCAUAAGCAAGGUGUUGGGAUUUUUCCUGGUCAUGCAAUCCCUGAUCAGUCCUGCAUUCAACCUUAUCCCAUGCCUGUGAUAAAACCAUCUAGUUCAAGUUCAGCUGUUGAGAAAAUGAAUCCAUUUCCCGGAAUCAGGUCAAGUGAGAGGGAAAAUAGCCCAUCUAUGCAUGAUGUUAACUUGGUCAGGCCUCAUAAAAAAUCAUGCAAUAUAUCAUGCCAGAAGAGCGCGGCCAUUUCAGAAUAUGAUCGGACUUUUCAGGCGGAUAGAGGGAGUGACAUGCAAGGAAGUAGUGCAAGUAGUCCUUCUGAGAAGGUGCAAAGGGAUGCACUCUCUCUUUUUCCCAUCACACCAACAGCAAAAUGUUCAGAUCAACCAGUUAAAGAUAACAAUACGGAGCAGCGAAUUCAAGUGAUCAAGGUUGUGCCUCAUAACCCAAAAUCAGCAUCUGAAUCUGCAGCUCGAAUUUUUAGGUCUAUACAAGAAGAAAGGAAAUUGAAUUUUUAGUAUCCAAAACCUUAUAGCUUGAUCUUGUAAGAAAACCCUUUCUUGUUGUACUUUUUCCAUUUUUCUAAAUUUCCUUCAUUUUUUA